CAGCUUGCGCAUCAUCUGCGGCCGGGUCCCGAUGAGCCUCCUGUUGCCCCCGCUGGCGCUGCUGCUGCUUCUCGCGGCGCUUGUGGCCCCAGCCACAGCCGCCACUGCCUACCGGCCGGACUGGAGCCGUCUGAGCGGCCUAACCCGAGCCCGGGUAGAGACCUGUGGGGGAUGACAGCUGAACCGCCUAAAGGAGGUGAAGGCUUUCGUCACCCAGGACAUUCCAUUCUAUCACAACCUGGUGAUGAAACACCUCCCUGGGGCCGACCCUGAGCUCGUGCUGCUGGGCCGCCGCUACGAGGAACUGGAGCGCAUCCCACUCAGUGAAAUGACCCGCGAAGAGAUCAACGCGCUGGUGCAGGAGCUCGGCUUCUACCGCAAGGUGGCGCCCGACGCGCAGGUGCCCCCCGAGUACGUGUGGGCGCCUGCGAGGCCCCCGGAGGAAACUUCGGACCACGCCGACCUGUAGGUCCGGGGGCGCGGCGGAGCUGGGACCACCCGCCUGAGUCCUGGAGACAGAAUGAAGCGCUCAGCAUCCCGGGAAUACUUCUCUUGCUGAGAGCCGAUGCCCGUCCCCGGGCUAGCGGGGAUGGGGUUGGGGAAGUUCUCCCAACCUCGCUUUCUUCCCUCCCCAGCUCCACUAAAUUCCCUCCUGCCUUAA